AAUAUAACCCCAUCAAGGCAUUAAUUAUUUUAUCCCCCUUCUGAUCAAGACUGGACGAUUGAGGACAUUUGAAGACGAUACCCCACAAUGGAGAAUAAAAUCACUGUCAAGUGGAGCGGCGAGGAGUACCCGAUCACUGACAUCGAGGAGAAUGAUACUGUCCUCUCCCUCAAGAACAAAAUACACAAACUCACCGGAGUUAGGCCCGAGAGGCAGAAACUUCUCAAUCUCAAAUUUAAAGGUAAAGCUGCACAGGACAAUGACAUUAUAAGUCAGUUGGGAUUGAAACAAGGUUUUAAACUCAUGAUGAUGGGCUCACGAGAAGAGGACAUAGCUGAGGUAAGUCAGGCUCCAGAAAAUAUGCCAGAAGUCAUAAAUGAUUUGGAUAUUGAAGAGGAGGAAGUGGAAAUCGAAAAGGCUGAAAUCUACCUUGCUAAGAUACAAAAGAGAAUUGAGACUUACAAGAUUGAAGAACUUAGUCCACUCAGAGAGGGAAAAAAACUCUUGGUUUUAGACAUUGAUUACACCCUCUUUGAUCACAGAUCCGUUGCAGAAUCGGGAAUUGAACUGAUGAGACCGUACUUACACGAGUUCCUCACAAGUGCUUACAAAAACUAUGACAUUGUUAUCUGGUCUGCCACCAGCAUGAAGUGGAUUAAUGAGAAAAUGAGACUAUUAGGAGUAACUAAUAAUCCAAACUAUAAAAUUGCUUUUCAUGUAGACUCUCUUGCUAUGAUUUCCGUUCACACCCCUAAGUAUGGUGUCGUGGAUGUAAAGCCACUUGGUGUUAUAUGGGGCAAGUACAAGCAGUUUUCUGCUAAAAACACAAUUAUGUUUGACGACAUCAGGAGAAAUUUCAUCAUGAACCCACAGUCAGGUCUUAGAAUCAAGGCCUUCAAACAAGCACACUUGAAUAGAAAUACUGACAGAGAACUUCUUAAGUUGUCCAAGUAUUUAGAGGCGAUCGCUGAAUUAGAUGAUUUUCAAGUCCUAAAUCACAGAAAAUGGGAAGAGUACAGGUCAAUGCAUAAAAAAUGCAAAAAAAGCAAACGAACUGAAAGGACUGACCCACCAAGUCAAACAUAAAUCUGGCUGUGAAAGCAAUAAGGUUUUUUUUUAAUUUUUAAGCAUUAGUCAUAAGGCAUAAACCAACAAGUAUAUGUGAUUGUAAUAAUUUCACGUUUCAAUUUUCAUGUGUUGAUUUUGAAAUGCAUGUAACAACUUUUGGUAGAAAAUAUUUAUGUGAUAUUCAUUGGAAUUGUUUUCUUUUUUUUUUUUUUCAACACCGACACAAAAAACUAAUAGAGUCCUUCAACAAUUUCUAGAUUUAUAAUAUUUAGUUUUAACAACUUUUUUAAACAUCCAGCAAGAGUACGUCGAAAAUACGAUGAAAAAAACAAAUAUAUUGUAAAUACCUAUUGCUUCUACUGUAUACAACUACA